GUUAAAUGCACCUCCUUUACGCAUUUCUAUCCUCCAUGGGUAUUUCUCUUUGUAGUGUCCCAAAUCAUGCCUCGCAAAAUUGCUCAGCUAGUACUUACCAUGUUAAGCACUAGUAAAAGUCUUUCGCCCCUACACAAGGACCUACUACUUAUACUAUUGUACUGUUACCACACUCCUCGGUUUCUUGUAUGUAAUCCUUCUCCUGCACCACGUGCCAUUUGUAUUCUAAACUUUCUACACAAAAGUAUUGAUCUCUUAAAUAUUCAUGCUAUCUGUCGAAAGGAUCAAUACUUAAAAGAUUACAUGAUUACCUGGCGCCUAAAUCCUAAAAUUAAUAUCGUUAACUAUACCAAGACACUGAAGACUAACCUUACCAACUCAACUCUUCAGUGCAAAUGUCACUACUUUCAGACCCUACUACCUAGCUACUUCUUCCAACUAGGUCACUUAAGCUUUUCUUGUAGUGUCGAGAACUUCUGUUCCUUGGUACCACAAGAAGAGAAACAAACACUCAAGUACUAUUCCAUGUUUUUUAAUCGUAAGUGUCGUUUCUCAAACAAACUAGACUUCUGGAAAUUGACAGAAGAAGCACCG